ACUCUUCCCCCACCAUUCAUCACACAAGACCCAACACCACCACUCAUGGCAACACAACCAUAAAACCCAAGUGAGAACACAAAGCUUAAAAGGAGAAGAAACCCAAUCCCUCACUCAGCAUAUCUAUUGUGCUACAACCUAAUCAUCAAUAUAUAAAAGCAGCUUCCUUUCUCAAUAAUUCACUAAUCACUUUGCUUCAAUUCCUUUCGUACCUGGGUUUUGAUCCUUUCCUAAUUCCUUCCUCUACAAGCAGAGCAAGAAGAAGAGAAAAUAGAGCAAGAAGAGAGAAAGAGAGAGAUGGAGAUUGAAUUGGUGAAAUGCGAAUGUUGCAGUUUGAAAGAGGAUUGUACACAAGAUUACAUAAGUGAGGUGAAAGCCAAAUUUGAUGGGAAAUGGCUAUGUGGGUUAUGCUCAGAAGCUGUGAGAGAUGAGGUGAACAGAGGGAAGGUUAAUCCAUUUGGAAUGGAAGAAGCUGUGAAGGCUCAUAUGUCCUUUUGUCGGAAAUUUAAGUCCAAUCCUGCUGUCAGAGUUGCAGAUGGGAUGAGGCAGAUGCUAAGGAGGAGGUCAGAUUUGUCUUCCUCUUCCUCUUCUUCUUCUUCUUCUUCUUCUUCUUCUUCUUCUUCUUCUUCUUCUUCUUCUUCUAAGAAGUACAUGAGAUCUGCAAGCACAUCACAAGUAGGAGACGAAUCCUCAUUCUCACUUUACUAAUUCGAAGCUUUUAGAGCUCAGGGGAAGGAUGAGUGAUGAGGGUGCUGGUCUUCUGGGUUUGAAUAAGUCUCAGUUUUUCUUGGUUUAAUUCUCUUCUAAUCUUGUACAGAGUUUAAUUUUAAUGGAGGAUUUAUCCUAAUCUUUUUUUUGCUUAA